AUGACAGUCUUUCUUCUGCCUAGACGAAUAAUCUGGAACUUCUUCCGUCUUGAAAAUGAGCACUUAAACAACUGUGGUAACUUCCGCGCUGUUCGCGAUAUCGGUAUUGCUCCUAUUCGCAGGGAAUCCCUCUACCCGGCAGGGAAUCCGAGUCAAGAUGGUGAUAGGACUGCAGCUUACGGGAUGUUCAACCAACUUCUCACAUACACUCAAGCUACUGGCAAUACAAUUAAUCGGAACCCAAAUGCAAGCGGUUGCGGUGGCAACAUUGGAAGUGAUGAUGAGGUUUCAAAUAACCAGACUUCGGAUGGUGAUAAUAGUGCAGGCACGUUGAAUGCAACAUUUGCCGAAUAUGCGACAAUAUUGCGACAGAACAAUCGCAAGAGUUUGUGGAGUCAUCUUCGAGCGACGUACUUUCAACAGAAGAAAGAGAAGAGACGGCGAGUUGAGCUUGAAAAGAUUGCAGGAAUGGAAGAAGCGCUCUGGGCGGCAAGACGUGAUGUUCAGGCAGGUUCUUAUGGUUUGCUUUUUAAUUUUCUACCCUACUCAAAGUGUGCUUGGUUGAAUCAGGCAAUUCUUGAGUAUAUAGAACGAAGGACUGGGGCAAAGUCAACAAAAACGCCUGCUCGUGGUGCUUCUCCAACAGAAGAUCCAUCUGAGGUUCAAGCCAAGUUGUACGCCAGAGCUAGGCGCAUUUCACCCGGCGUGACUCCAAUAACUGGAACAAACGUCAAUGCAUCCUCCAUCCACCAAGAUCCAGAUUCUCGUGAGCUGCGCAGUCGUAUACGACUUCGUUCGGACUCCUCUGCCACAUGUCCAGGUGAAUGGAAUACUCAUAGUCGAGAUGUCAUGAUCGAUGGACGUCAGCACAAAGCUUUCGCUAAGGCCACCAUCCCCCUCACUGUCUGUUUUCUCGAACCUCAACAGUCUACCUCAGUUGAUAAUAGGGUUUCCACUUGCACUCUGCCGUUUAUAUCAACUCCAGAACCCCCUUUAUUGCCUACCACAGCUUCUGGAACUCUUCUGGAGCGUUCUGGUGAACGAGCUAAUGUAAAUAGGGGUUUGGAUCUUGUUAUUGCUCCUGAAAUGCUAUCUCACUUGAUUGGUGAUGAUUCGCCUGAUGACACGGUUCUUCCGAUUCGAACUCGGAUCCAAGCUAAUCAAUUAAGAGAGCUCCUAAGUACUCUUAACAGUGGAAAUUCAGCGCAAGGGGAGACAGGAGUGAAAAACCCCGUUCCGUCAACUUCAACGGCACCCCACGCUCCAGCUUUCUCAAAUCGACCAAGAAGAUGGCGUCUUGAAUCUACAGGAGCUUUAAGUACCGGUGGAGGGCGUCGAUUAAGUCGAUCACAGACGGGACAACGAAGGAAAUGGAUUGGUAAUGGCGGAAACAAAAAGUCGGAGGCUAGUGUAGAACGGAAGACUGAUAUUAAAGUCAGACCAAAGAGUGUUGGAGCUAUGAUGGGCACUGAUUCUGAUGAAAGAGGAAGACAUACCUCCGUGGAAACUAGCACGAUUUCACUAGGUGAAGAUGUGGAAGACGUCGAAAGGGGACAAAGGAGUAGUGAGAAGCGGCCAACCUAUCCUUCGAAAUUCGUCGUUGAUCGUGUUGAGAAUCCGGAUGAUGAUGUAGCUCAAUUCUAA